AUGUAUUGUCUGCCUACAUGUACAUCGUGUAUUGUCUGCCUACAUGUGCAUCAUGUAUUGUCUGCCUACAAGUACAUCAUGUAUUGUCUGCCUACAAGUACAUCAUGUAUUGUCUGCCUACAUGUACAUCAUGUAUUGUCUGCCUACAAGUACAUUGUGUAUUGUCUGCCUACAUGUACAUCAUGUAUUGUCUACCUACAUGUACAUCAUGUAUUGUCUGCCUUCAUGUACAUCAUGUAUUGUCUGCCUACAUGUGCAUCAUGUAUUGUCUGCCUUCAUGUGCAUAAUGUAUUGUCUGCCUACAUGUACAUCGUGUAUUGUCUGCUUACAUGUACAUCGUGUAUUGUCUGCCUACAUGUGCAUCAUGUAUUGUCUGCCUACAUGUACAUCAAGUAUUGUCUGCCUACAUGUGCAUCAUGUAUUGUCUGCCUACAAGUACAUCAUGUAUUGUCUGCCUACAAGUACAUCAUGUAUUGUCUGCCUACAUGUACAUCAUGUAUUAUCUGCCUACAUGUGCAUCAUGUAUUGUCAGAUUUCUGUGGAAUGUCAUAA